UCUAUUCCCUAACUCUGGGAGAGGAGGGGAGUCUAGUGGUUAGAGCAGGAGGGCUGGGAGCCAGGACUCCUGGGUUGCAUCGCUGGCUCUGCCUCUGACUAAGGCCUUGCCUUCACUUGGAAGUUAUAUACGGUUUGCUGCCGGUAUGAAUUUGGCCCCAUUGUAGAGGUGCCUGGGGCAGUUCAGGCUCAGUGAGGCAGGAAGAGGUGUCACUAAGGCAAGGGGGCUGUUCUACCCCAGAGGCAGAGCAUCAGUGGGACCUGGAGUCUUCCCAGCCUCCACAGGCUGGAAGGAGAGCCCAGUGCGGGGGCUACGUCCCCUUGGUCCACAACUGGGCAGCUACAGGAAGCCAUGACUUGGCGCCCCAGGCCCAUGCAGAGAGGGAUGGAGAAGCUGCUGUCAGGCCCCACGAGGCUUGGGAGGGGCCGUUAUUCAACGGGACGUAACCUUGUGUGAAACAGCCCCUGCACCCCACCACAGGGGUGGCUACAUCUCAGUACCGGGCGAGGGGUCCCUGUAUAAACAGCCCCCAUGCCCCUCCCCAGAGGCAGUUGCAUCUCAACACUGGCCGAGGGGUCCCUGUAUAAGCAGCUGUCAUGGAUCCACAGAGGCAGUGCUAGGCCCCAGCUUUUAAAUUGUCUCUUGGAGGAACCCUGAGUGCCAAACCCCCAAGGGGUCUCACUCUCCCUUCAGGGCAGGCCACGUGGCCUCACCUCCCCCAAGACUGAGCCCCUGGGCUCCAGUCUCCUGCUCCACCCUGUGAGCCAGAGCCCUGGGGGAGAUUGUCCGCUGUGCAGGGGCCCAGGCACCCAGUGGGAAUUCGCAGCCGUCCCCAAACGGAGCAGGGUGCUUUAGCCAGCUGGGCACGGCAUGGGCAUAGGGUUGCCAACUUUCUACUUGCACAAAACUGAACACCCUUGUCCUGCCCCAUGCCCUGCCCCUCCUCUGAGGCUCCGUCGCCAACUGGUGUUCCGGUCGAAAACCAGACGUGGGUCAGCAUGGCAAAGCAAAGGUGCCGACGCGGGCCGUGUCUCAAUGCUGGGCUGGUGAUGUCCGUGUCCCCAGGGGGCCGUCUGGACACUGCUCCCGGUGGUAACAACUCCAUCCCUCCCCAUCCCGCAGCCAUGACCCUGCCCACUCCGUGGGGCAUGGAGCAGCAGCUGGAGGAGAUGAUGGAGCUGACGGCGCAGAACCUGCCCUGGCUGGAGGUGACCCAGUCAUACACCAUCCUGAGGGAGCUGGGCAGCGGCUCCUAUGGCCACGUGCUGCUGGCUGUGCACCAGCGGCAAGGCAGCCCGAUGGCACUGAAAUUCAUCGAGAAGCGGGACACUGAGCUGCGGGACUUCCUGAGCGAGUACUGCAUCGCGCUGACCCUGGCUGCCCACCCCUGCAUCGCCAGCGCCCUGGGUAUCGCCUUCCAGACCAAGCACCACUAUGUCUUCGCGCAGGAGCUCGCCCCUGCCAGGGACCUCUUCUCCCUGCUGCAGCCACAGGUGGGGUUCGGGAUCGCGGAGCUGCAGGUCAAGCGCUGUGCUCUGCAGCUCGCCAGCGCCCUGGAGUACAUGGGGGCCAAGGGGCUGGUUCACCGCGAUGUCAAGCCUGAGAACGUGCUGCUUCUCGACCUUGAGUGCCGGCGUGUCAAACUGACCGACUUCGGGCUGAGCUGCCCGCAGGGCACUGCCAUCGAGGCCCUGCCUGAGAACUUGCCCUACACAGCACCCGAGCUGUGCCGCCUGGGGCCCUCGGCCCGCCUGCCAGCCCAGCCCAGCCUGGACGCCUGGGCGCUGGGCGUGCUGCUCUUCUGCGUGCUGACCGGCUUCUUCCCCUGGCACACGGCCGCCGACCGGCACUACCGGGACUAUGAGCGCUGGCAUCGCAGCCCCCGUGUCCGCCCGCGCCCACCCCACUGGGGGCGCUUCACCUACGAGGCCCGGGAGAUGCUGCGAGGGCUGCUGGACCCCGACCCCAUCCGGCGCAGCCCAGCCAGCAUUGCCAUGGCCCACGUCAAGUGCCCCUGGCUGGAGCCCAAGGAGCCGGGCGCUGCCCGUGCAGACAGGACUCUGCUGGGGAGCAGCCAUUGCCGCUGAGCCCCAGCCCCGUGGGCACUGCCGCCAGGCACAGGCACCCGCCAUGGCCAAGGGGACGCAGGGACCAAGGACUUGCAGGACACGUUGCUUAGCAGGGACCAUGGCCAGAGGCUGGUGCUCGGGGUCUGGCCUGGGGCAUUGCAGAGAAGGCGAGGGAGGAGGGGGGGUAAUAAAAUCACGAUCCUAACA